AAAUAAGUCUACUGUCUACUCUGAACCAUGUUUAGGAUAUAACUUGCCUCUCAUUACUUUUGUUUUGGAUGAAUCGGGUGUUAAAAAAAAACCCGGGUGGAACACCUGAAUCAGAGUCUAGUCGGUUUGAUGCCCGGGCGGAGUAGUCUCUAGACUCCAAUCUUAGCCCGCCGAUCGUUUAUUCUACAUAUUCUCUGGAACGCUCUGCAGGGGAACUUUGAAUUUAUUUCCCAAUCACAAGCUCCGGAAUUCUCUCCUGUUUCUUUCUUCCAGAUAAUACUCAACAAUGGCUGAUAUUGCCAUCAAACCGGAAACUCCUUCUACAUCGUCGCAGUUCAGUUCGUCGUCUCGAAUAAUCUGCCGCGUGUGUCAAAAGCAAUUUUCUCAAUACACUUGCCCACGAUGCAAUACGCGUUAUUGUUCCCUUCCAUGCUACAAGUCUCAUAGUCUCAGAUGCACAGAGUCAUUUAUGAAGGAUAAUGUCAUGGAGGAAUUGAAGCAGAUGCAAUCUGAUGAUGAAAGCAAACGGAAAAUGAUUGAUAUACUUAAGCGAGUUCAUGAAGAAGAGGAGGGAGAUGUCAUGGAUGAUCAUGAUUCAGAACCAGAGUCGGAUUCAUUAUUGUCAGAAGAGACUAUUGAAAUGAUUCUUUCAGGAAGCCAAAUAGAUCUCAAUGAUCUCUCAGUUGAGGAACAAAAGCAUUUUCAAAGAGCUAUAGCCUCAGGAGAGCUGAGCAAAUUGAUUAAACCGUGGGAACCUUGGUGGCUGAGGCCUUCCGCUAAAAGUAUUUGUCUUUCCAAUGAUGGUAGCCAACUUGUUCAACCACUUGGUAGCAAUGAACUGGCUACACUGCAGCACGACAUGGACAGGGAUCAGGUCAAUGACAUCCCAUCAGGCCCUGAAGCUUCUUUACCUCCUUUGAAAAAGCUUAGUGCUGCUGCACCUUCCCCGCUACUACCAGUUCACCUCGUAGACAUCUUAUACAGUUAUUGUUUUACUCUUCGCUCAUAUAAUGGGGACUGGUUAUCCGAUAGUAUAGGAUCAGCUCAAGUCGUGUUAAGUAUUUCUUCUGUUUUGGGUCAAGGUGGACAGCCAGAAACAGUGUUGGAAGCUCUGUCAUAUUGUCUAGAGCAGACCUGCUCUCCUGCCUUCCGACACAUGGGUGGUUCCAAAUUUGCAUUUGCCCUCAUGGAUGAUGUGAUCAAUGUACUUUACCUUGGCAGAGCAGCUUUGAUCUGCUUACUUUCUGAUCUACAGAGACUCAUCCAAACAGCUGAAAAAGAGCUCAAGUCUGAGAAAUCUGCAAAAUCUAAAAGGGUGGAGGUUAAGACGAAACUGAAGCUGGCUGCGCGGAAAGUGUACUUUCUCAUCUGUUGGGUCAAUGAGCAACCUGAGGAAGCAUGGUCUUCUUUAGCCGCGCUUGUGGCAGCCCAAAAGAGUUCUGCUGAGGCAUAUAUCAGCAGUGGAAGAGUAAAUUUAAGGCAGGAGGCCAAAUCAGUAGGCAAGCCAAUUAUUAGGGAAAUCCAGUGAGCUGAUCAAAUCAAACUUGCUAAGUCUUGCUCUCCUCUUUUGCACUUUAAUCUCUCAUUUUGUAGUGUGAUUUUUUAAUUUUUAUUUUCUGGUAAUGCAAACUUCAAACUCUAUUAGAAAAGUACUCCUGAACUGCAUUAGCAACUAACUAGUAACUUGAAAACAGUAAUAUAAUUUUUUGUCUCAACUUUUCUUCGUCGUGUAACAAUACCUAUUAUUUUCUUAUGUAAAAGAUGUAAUAAAUUUUGAAAGACUGCAAUUCUGGGUUUGGCGAGAGAUGAGCUGAAUGAACGUUAAAUUGUUCGAUGUGCAGCCCAGUCAGUUUUUACUGUUGUAAACGAAUGCGGGUAACACAUUUGUAUUAUUAAUGGAGGAUCAGUAACGUUAAA